AUGGUCUCUUUCACCACCUUCGCUGCUGGUCUCGUCGCCAUCUUCGCCUCUUCUGCCAUGGCUGCCCCUACCAACGCUGCCGCCGCCGCCUCCGGCCCCUCUGCCGGCCUCGGCGCCUGCGGCCAGCUCCACCAGGACAGCGAGUUCGUCGUCGCCCUCUCCCACGCCGACUUCGACCCCCAGACCCCUGGCGGCAACCCCAACAACAACCCCCUCUGCGGUCGCCGCCUCCGCGCCAGCUUCGAGGGCAAGUCCGUCAAGGUCGCCGUUAUCGACCGCUGCCCUGCCUGCUCCGCCGGCAGCUUGGAUCUCAGCCCCGCUGCCUUCUCGCAGCUCGCUGAUCUCGGCCGUGGCCGCAUCCAGGGUUCUUGGGUCUGGCUCUAA